UUCUUUCAGUUGUUGUUUUUUUUUGUUAUCCUUACUGUCUCAGUACAACCUUCAGACAUGCUUCCUGUUAUUUUUUCCAGUUCAAAAGUGCACACUUUAUUAAUGAUUACAAAUGCGUGCUAUACAGUGAAUGUGUAUUGUUUUCUGACAAGGAAAUUGUAGAAGCCUUGAAGUGGAGAGACAAAAAAGAUAAAGGAGGAAGGCAGAUGCCAACAGGUGAUAUAUCUGAGGAACAAACAGCUUUGCGAGCUUGUCAAGGACAAGAUUUACAAAUACAGCACCUUAACAAUGGACCCAGUCAAUAAUUGCUGAAUUGUGUACUUUCAGCUCCUGGGCUUUGCGAAUCUCACUGCUGUGGGUUCACAGCUCUCCGCCAUCUGUAGAAGUCAAUAAGCGAGCUUCUCACAGACCACUGCUGGCAGGGAAAAGGCCUUCCCUUACCUGGUAUUCCCUUAUCUGGGCAACCUGAUCUAGAGCUUGAUCUAGUGGUUGGCAACUCUGCUCGCUGCAGAGAGGUUGGAACUAGGUUAUCUCUGAGGUCUCUUCCAACCCAAGCCAUUCUAUGACUCAUGCCAAUAAGUAGUUAAAUAGUCUCGUGUUUCUGUAUUACUUAGCUGGAUCCCUAUGCAGCGGGUAGUAGCCUCGUGAAAAUGGCUUUGCUUUCACUGAUACUUGCAAGUAGUCUGAAUUUUCCCUGGACCUAAGGGCCCCAGGUUGAAAACAUAUCUAUGUUGCAGAAGGGUCAAGGAACGUGAAACUGCCAGUCCAAGUCUUUAUCUGACUUGGCAUCAUUGCUGACAGAUGGCAUCGGGAAUUUCCUUUUUCCUCCACUGCUAUUCAGAAUAGCCAGUGAACAACUUUAUAGUUUUUGAAGAGGCAGUAAGAAGCACAGCUUCUUUGAAAAAAUCGAGUGCACUCUUAUUUGCAUAAUGUCAUAGUGCUUUGUUACAGCUGCCUGUGCUGCAAGGCUGGGCAGGCAGCUGAUGCUCUGCUGUCAGAGCAGCUCUUACUGUGUGGUGCAUCUUGUCAGCAAAGAGCCCAGUCCCCAUCUGUUGUAAGUGGAAGCUCUGCUAUGCACUAGUCAAAUAACUUUUAGCAGAGCCUGAAGCAAAAUAGUUCUUUUAGGCAGAGAAACACAAAUGAGAGAGAAAACAAAAAGUUCUAAUUAGUAUUUAAGUUGCUUUACCAAUUAAGAAAACCACAACAACCAAUAACUUGUUUCAAACAGCAGCUUUCAUUUGAGGUGACCUAAAUAAAUGCCCCGAUUCCAGCUGUUGCUCAGACCUUCACAGAUCUGCUGAGGAGUGGGGAGGGUUGUGGAGCUGCCAUUAACCCCCUGGGCACAGCCAGCACUUUGGUGCAGAUCCCGUCUGGCUUUGAAACCCAGUGGGAAGGCGUUACCUCAUGUGGCAGCCAUCUCACCAGGAACAGAAGCUGUAGAGAAGAUGUGGGGCUGGAAUAAAAAUCCGACAACAAAGCACUCAUUUGCUUUGUAAAUGUGACUAAUUACGUUUCUGCUAGCUUACCUUUCCUGAGGUAACUAAGGUUGUAACUUACGCAGAUUCUUGAAUGGGCCUCGAAGCUUUUAACUGUAUUUAUGUCUGAUGUACACACAUAUUAUAUGUGUGUACAUAUGUAUAUAUUAACACUUUUUGCUCAAGGUUUGUGUGUCCUAGGGUGUCUCCAGCCACUUGAAGCUGAAUGGUAAUGGCUGACAGGAUCCAGAAAACCUGUCUUUCUGGGAUAAUCCUAUCCCUGGUCCCUUUCCAGUCACUGGGCUCAUGACACACACACACACACAGGAGAGUGCUUCCUGUCCCAGGGCAUUGCGUGUCUAGGUCUCUGAUGGGGACGGGUGGAUGAGCAGACAGUGCUUGUGUCCUGCUGGGCCGUGCUAGUGUCCUGUUGGGCUGUGCUCAUGUCCUGCCAGGCUAUGUGGGGCUGCGUGCUCCCUGAGGAGUGCUGCCAUAAGGAGUGUACAGCAUGCUUCCAGGGAAAGCUGACUCUGGCUGGUUUAUCUGUUUUAGCUUACACGACAUGCAGCUAAAAACAGAUAACCCAGGAAAACAGCAUCCUAAGUGCUAAGCAGCAGCUGUUUACUUUGGGACUCCUUUUGGCUCCAUAAAUCUUACGUUCUUGACAAUAGCCCCACUCCAACAGGAAGCUUGCUGGCUGUGUUAUUCCCCUGGGGAUGGGCAAUAGCAUCACUUUGGGCUGGAGAAGGGCUGGGGCGCGGGCUGUUGGCUUCCUAGAGACAGAUGCUAACUAGAAGGCUACUGUUAAGGAGACAGGAGCCGUGACCUUCUCCAGCACCCUGUCAUACAGCGUAACUGAGCAGCCAAGGGCUUCUCCAGGAGCCUCAGUGGAAAGUGCUGAUGUAUGGGCAGUGCCUGGGUAGAAGUACUUCACCUUGAAUUUGUUGCUUCCCUUCAGAAUGUCUCUAGUUACUGAAAAUGCUGUGGAAUUGUUACGUGGUAAGUCUUUACUUGGUGAAUCAAGGUGCAUGGUGCCGAGGUUAUUUCUUAACCUAAGUAACUGUAUACCACUAAAUUUCAGAUGAUAAACCAGCUUGCAUAAUUCUGUUCCCAGUUAGAGUGGUUAUCUUCAACGCACACUAUGUCAGUAAUUCCACUUUGCCAUGUCACUGAGUCACUGCUGUGCAAGCACACCACAUUAACAGGAAGCACAGAAGUUUCAGUUCACCUGAUUUGACUCUUUGUGAGAUGCAGCUGGAUAUAUGUAGGUCACUAUACAAAGUGACAGAGUAUGUGCUUGAUUUUACACUCUGAACUAGGAGGACUGCUGUUUGGUGGAAGGGUGAAUAGUGGUACCUCUGGAGGCUCAAAGCUAUGUGCACUGAGAUGGACUCAGUUCUCUUCCAUGUGCGUAGGCUAAAUGAUGGAUCCGGUGGGAAGUCCAACUAAAAUUUUCUUUAUGUUUUACCAAUGUCAACAGCAGCUGUGCAGAGACAGAGCCACUGGGCUAGCAUCUGUUACACUUCCACUGGCUCUGUUAAUUUCUGUUUUCUUUUUGACCAUAGAAUCGUCCUGACACUGCAAUGGUAGUUACAGCAUCAGUGAUCCUGGGGUAGCAGUAGUACUAUCAGAAGCAGCUGCAUAGUGUUGUCUCACCUUGGCUCCGGGUGGCUUUAUUUUGGAGCUCCACUACAUCAGCAUUUCUGAGGUGACAAUAAUGGCUUCUAUGCCAGGAAGGAUUAUUUAUGGUAGAAUGUAAUUGAAAGUUGAGACCACAAUGCAUUAUUAGUUCCCACCCACUUAGACUUUCUAUGAGAUGAAAUACCAAUUUUGCAAUUUUUGUUAUAUCAAAUCCUUUACAUAAGAGAUCCAGAGAUUAUGUAAGAGAACUGAGUGAAGAUCAGAAAAAGUGUUUGAUGGAAUAUCAGACAUACAAGCGAAAGUGUUACUGACAGAGGAAAUAUGUUACUCAGUGUAUAAAAGUGUCACUGUCAUGGGAGGUAUGUGAAUUGCACAUCCUCUGGAAAAUGCCCGAGUCAGUGGUAUCUGCUCUGAGAAUUGGCGUGUCUUCAUACAGAGGUCUUUUCCAGAUUCAACUAAUGUUCCGAGGCAAAGCAAUUUUAAUAAUAUAAUCCUCCUUCCAACAAACUCUCUGUGUCUGAUUCAUCAUUAGGCCUUUGAUGAAGACAGGCAAAAAUAUAAAUUUCAAAUGCUAUAUGUACUCUGUAAGAAGAAUCAAUUUUCGUUACUGAUGUUUUCAUUGUUGGGCAGGGAGCUGACUAAAAUAGGGCUCCUCUGGAGCUUGAUCACCUUGAUCAACCACCACCCCUCCUUCACCUCUGUUCAGCUCUGGUGAGGCCACACAUGGAGUGCUGUGCCCAGUUCUGUGCCCCCAGUACAUUAGAGAUAUGGAUGUGCCAGGGAGAGUCCAACGAUGAUGAUGAAGGGCUGUGAGCAUCUUUGCUAUGAGGAGAGGGUGAGAGGGCUGGAACUGUUCUGUAUGGAGAAGAGGAGGCUCAGGGAUCCUAUCAAUGUGUACAAUUACCUGAAGGGAGGGUGCAAAGAGAAUGGAGCCAGGCUCCUUUCAGUGGUGCCCAGUGCCAGGACAAGAGGCAGUGGGCACAAACUGGAGCACAGGAGAUUCCCUCUGAGCACCAGGCAGCACUUCUGUGCUGUGCAGGUGAAUGAGCACUGGCACAGGCUGCUCUGAGAGGUUUUGGGGUCUCCUCCCUGGAGGUCUACAGAAGCCUACUCUGGACAUGGCCUGGGCACCCUGUGCUGGUGGCCUUGCUGGGCAGGGGCUGGAGCAGAUGGGCCCAGAGGGCCCUGCCAACCUCAGCCACUCUGUGUUGCUGUGAUCUGAAACAUUUUCAGAGUCUGCUUUAAUCUUUCCAAGCUUGAAAGACUAGGAAAAAUCUUAGCUUAGAAGAACUCAUAUAAAGUGCAAUGAAUUAGUUCAUUUAUGAGAUAAUGCAUUUUAAAAAUAUUUAUCAUAAUAAAAUAAAAUUGCAAUCCAAAAUUGAUUAAGUAAAUAACGGAGCAAAGUGAAAGGGAUGAGAGUGACCUGAAAGUUGGAGAUGUUUCCAGAUAGAUUGCCUGUUCAGUUUUAAGCACUAAGUCAUCUGCUGUCCAUUUGUACAGAUACUUGUGAAAGUUACAUUCGUCAGCUGAAAGACCCAAGAGGUCAAUGCAGACAGUCUUUCUUCAACAUCUCUGCUCCUGACAAUAUUUCUAGUUCAAUGCUUGAUCCUGAGGAUGUUUCUGAUAAUACAAUGCAAACCCACCUAACUGAAAAUGUAUUAAAGCUGAAGAAAACUCCUGCGUGGCAGUGUGCUAGUGAUACACGGAUUGAAGUACGACAUGGAAGUACAGUAUUGGUUAUUCACCUGUGGCCUCAUUCAAAGUAAGAAGGAAGUGCCUGUGGCUUUUGAGGUAGACGUGAUGUAGAGUUCCAGUCCUCCUCAAAAAAUCCUCUAUGUUCAAUAUGGGUCAAGAAGUCAUUGUCGAGAAUAUUCAACCGCUAUGGUUUCUUAGUGAAUUAGGGAAACUCCACGUAAUUAGGCUUUAAAAUUUAAAAGGUCAGUGGUAGGAUAGACAUUUGGUUCUUGGAACGUCACGGGGAAGAAAAUGCAAUCUGUGAACAAUUUCAUGGUUAUUUUUGAAGCGAUUGUACUCAUAAAAACAAUGCAAAAAUGCUUUAUAGAAGUUGAAAGGUCUUUGUUCUUUUUGAUUAAAAUGGAACCACAACAGGUAUGUUUUCUUAUUAAUUUUUUGAAGCAGUACUAGUAGCCUCAAGUAUUAAAAAUAACAUUAAACCUACAGAAACUCACAAACUGAAAAUAAAAUUGGGCUUUUGAUUUUUUUCGUUUGUUUGUUUUACUCUCCCCCCUGCCACCUCCCAAGCACAGAGUGUUCCGGGCACUUAUUUAUUUAUUUUUGGAAAGAACAUUAUUUUAAAAAGAAAAGAUUGGACAGUUAUGUAUCAUGAGAUAUCAGUUAGAGAAAUACUCAUUGACAUGCUACUUGCUAGAGUCUUUGUCAGUGCUAACAUAGGAGAGAAUUAAUGAGAAAUGCUGCUCUUUCAAGACAAGUUCCACUGUCCACGUGUUUCACAUUAUUCUUCUCCUCUUAGUAAGGCCCACCAGUGAUAGUUUCAGCCAGGACAUCACGUUUUAAAAUAAAAUGCGGCCUUUGCAUCUUUCCUUCCCCUGAUCUUUUCUGCCAGCUCAGCGGUUUGGAGUUACCUGCUUGGGGGUCCAUUUUCCCAGAGCUGCACCUUCGCCGCUGGCUCAGGCCAUUAUCUUUCAGAGAUUCAUUGUAUUUCUUCCUCUAACAGCAAGAAAUUCUUUCUCAACUGCAGCAGAAAGGCUUUGUUUUCCUUCCUCCCUCUCUGGGCUUCAGAUGAGGAUGGGUGAAAGAUCCAGUGGAAUGCAUGGGCAGGUUUUAAGCCCUGUCUUUCUGUAGGAUGUACUGCCAGAUGUGUGUCUCCUAUCUAGGGUGCAGUGAGGUAGUGAUAGCAGUAGAAUCUCACAACAGAAAUAGCAGACCAUGGGAAUGGGAGGCGUAUCUCCAUUCCCAAACAUCUUUUCUUGACCUGCUAAGGAGAAUAACUGCAGCCAUGACCAUGGCUGUGCCGUAACUCAGAGGUACGUCAAGAACCAGCAGUCAUCUGGUGAAAAGUGGUCAGGAAAUGGCCAAGUGUAGACUGAUGUGCAAGGAGAACCACGCAAACUGCUAAAAUUAGUGUCCAGAAGGACUCUGAAUGUUCAUUGUUGGGCUCGGCUAUGCUCACAGCAAGCUAGAAGGAGGGGAGCGAUGUUAUAACUCACAAUGGCAAGCAAAAGAUUAAGUAAUGCAAAGGCUUUACAAAUGUCAUAAAAAGGAAAUUCAUGAAGUUUAAAUUAAUGAACUUAAAAUGGUCCUUUUGAUGUCUGGAAAAUAAAGGUGAGCAUGAGCGGCAGAGAUAAACAAAUGAAAUAAGGACAUUUUGCAAGCCUCAGAAGGAAGACAGCAUGGCACAGCCAGUGGGGUGUGACCAAGAGAGAUUGCUGACAGCAUAGAUGGGAGAGACACUCAUGAAGUGUGACCUAACGCUUCCUAUGAAAAUAGGUACAUGCCAGUCUAUGAUUUGCAAGUACUAGAGAAGCCGAAUAGAAGAGAUUCUGGAAUCACUGCAUUAAAGAGGGCAGGAGGCAGAUUCAGCAUCUAAUUCCUUGUCCAUCUUCCUGAUGUUAUUUAGGUAUCUGUCAGUGUGGGAAUCCUGAGGCCAUGUGGUCUCCUCACAGCAAGUUGAACAGACGUGGGUACUAUGGCACACGCUUGCACAGGCCCUGAACACUUUCCAUGAGAUCAGAGCUACCAGAAAAGGUCAGGCAGAAAUGGAACCAUGUCAGAUGAGAGUGAGUGAUCAGAGGGAUGUGAGGUGGGGUCUAGAAGUUCAGGAGGACAGGAUCUGGAGCAAGACAGGGGCUACUGCUCCCCUUGGAGAGGGUCUGAAUUCCUGUUCAUGGCUUUUGUUCUGGGCUUGGGAUAUUUGAACUGCUGGAUGAGCUGGUAAUGAAGUGAGAGAAAUCUAGCUUAGAAUUCAAAGCAGGUGGUGGUUAUCAGGCUGUGUUAGCACUUGGAGAGGAGUUCAUGGGAGUGCAUUUCAGAGGAGGCCAGCCCUCUGAAACAGUCUCUGCCUGUAUCUCUCCCAUUUUGCUCUUCAGUGCCUGUUUUUGUCUACCUAUAAUGCACCCUCCCAUCUUCUUAUUGACCUGCUCCCCCACUGGACUUAUUCACCUGGCAAAUGACAAAUUCACAGAUAAAAGUUUAUAAACAUGUUCUUGAAUAGUCUUUUGUUACAUUUGGGAUAUGGACUGUGUUGUCAGCAUCCUGAAUCCAGGCUUGCUGUUGGAGGCCAGGCAUGAGAAUGGGUGGGAUACCUUUGAGAGUCAUGGAAAAGGGUCAUGGUGAUGGUGGCUCUGCUGGAAGCAGCUCCAGGGUGAUUGGGUGCAGCUCCAAAGGGUGCAGGGCCAUGCAGAGAUGAGAUGGGAGGUAAAUGGGGUGACAGAGGCAUGGAGAGAUAAAGGAUGCGAAUGAAUCAGAAGAAGAUAAAGUGUAAAUAUGGUGCCAGCUGAUCUUUACUGCUUCCUUUCAGGCAUAAGAAAAGAGAUGGGAUCUUCAGCUUGGAGGGUAAAGGUAAUUAUGAGUACAACUUAAGCUCUCCCCCACCUCAUUUUUCCCUUUCUUGGGGAUUCCCUCCUUCUUUUCCCCACCUUUUAACUUCAAGCUGUUGCAGCAUGUGGUCCUCCUGCUCUACCCUCCUGCAUGUAACAAGGCAUGCUCCAGCUGAGCUGUGCUUGUCCUGAGAGUCUCAGCAGUGGGGGGUGAAGUUCAGCCCCAGGGUUGCCCCUGUUCACUCAGAUGCAGAGCUGGAGUAUUGAUUUGCAGGUCUGGUUUCUCACACUUGUCACUUGUGUGCCCUGUGGGUGUUAGUCAACCAGGAGUUUGUGUUUCUAUCAGUUCUGUGUCCUCAUGUAUUGCAAUCUCAGUUGGGUGCACUCUCUAAAGAGAGUGCAGUUUUCCUCUAGCACCCUGCAUAAUAUUUCGGGCUCAAGGCACAGCACUGCAUCUUUACAUUAGCAGAAGAGUAUCAGGAACAUGGAAAUCUCCUGGACAAGUAAGUGCAUGGCCUCAGCUUUGGUUAUUACCCCUGGUUACAGCCAGGAAUAUGGAUCAUUUUUUGGAAAAUGGGAGUGUGAGGAUAAGGGAUGUGAUAAAUUCAGUGUUGGUCCUAAAAGUUUCUGAUGUCCCAGAAAGAAAUGCACAAUGAUGGGCAGACAGCCCAUGGCUCCAGUGCAGCCCAGUGUGGGAAGAGUAUUUUUGGGGUGAGAACCACAGGUGGUCAGAGUGCUCUGGGUCUGGAGCGAUCUCUGACCAUUUGUGUACCCUCAUCAGCUCCAGCGGGUCACUAGUCUUAUACUACAGAAGAUGAACAUAAAUAAAUACAGAUGACAUUAUUUGCCAUCGAAUUGCCAAUGCAGUUAGUAUGGCACAAUCAGGAUGGAAGGCACAAACCUAUGAACUUCUCAGAUGUUUUUAUGAGAAAAGGAUUCAGGGUCCCAGUCCCAGCAAAAGCCCCUGCUUUGCCCCUGCAUUAAAAAUUGGUUUACUUUAUAAGAACCUGAGGGUUACAAUUGCCUUGAAGUUGUAUUUGUGGGUUUUGUAGUGGUUAGGAAAUUCUCAGAAGAAGAUACAGGAAAGUAAGAGACUUGCUGAUGUCAUUUUUAAUUCACCACCAAUACCCCCCCAAAAAAAGCUGAGAGAGGUGUUGAUGGCCCUAUAUAAGGUGCACCUCCUCUCCUUCAGAGCACAUCUAGAAUCACAGCAAAGGUAAGGCUUGCAUCCUUUGUUCCUCUCUCUCUUUGCCCUUGCUUGCUCUCCCCGAUGCUAACACUGCUCUCUCUCAUCAGUGCCGAGUGCUGUAACUGCAGCCCCUGGGACAGACGUGAGCCAUGGCCACCCUGCACACCCUGACCAGGAGCUUCUCAGGAUGGGUUGUCUUCUGCUGCUGUUGCUGUCUCCCUCUUCUUCUCACCAGCCCUCUGCCUCCAAAAGGGAUAGGAGUAGUUUCCAAUGCCCAUCAAGCCUGCAGGCUCAGGAAGAUCAACUUCCAGCUGCCCUACAUCAGGAAUCGCACCUACACCUUGGCUGAAAUGGCGAGAGUUUCAGAUCAGGACACUGACAAUAGACUCAUCGGGCAGCAAAUCUUCAUCAACAUCAAGGAGAGCAACCGCUGCUACAUGAUGAAGAGAAUUACAGAGAUUGUAGUGAAGGACGUCCUUCUCACAGAGGCCAAGGAGCGGUACCCCUAUGCUGAGGAUGUGGCACAGUUCCUGGCAUCCCUGACCUCGGAGCUGAGCAGAUGUAAAUACUCAGGAAACAGAGAGCAUAUUGAAAAGAACCUGGAAGAGAUGAAGAGCAAAAUGAAAGAGUUGGGAGAGAAUGGAAAGAACAAAGCCAUCGGAGAACUGGAUUUACUGUUUGACUACAUAGAAAACGCUUGUACUGAUGCCCCGAAGAAGGGAGGGAACAAGAAGAAAAACUGAAAGAAAAAUCAGAUUAGUCUUGAAGAGAUGUCUCCAAAAGCUCUUACUAUUACCCAAACUGAUUAACUACUGUGGAAAAAAUCCCACCCAUAGCUGCAGUACAUUUUUAAAUCUGUACCAGAAACAGCAAAACAAGUGGGGACAGAUGGAUACAUAUUGCUACCUUCUUUGAAAAUGAAGACUCCAGAACAGUGUUAACAGCUCCCUUCAGUGUUGCACAACGAUUAUUUUCAAAGGCAUGCUUCUAUCCUGCUCAUCUGCAUUGGAAUAAGACAGCUGUUUCUGUAUUUCAUAGGCUGAGAUUUGACACCUCUGAGUCAGCUUUGGCCAAGGUAGGCAGUGCUCCAUAGCCAGGAAGUUUUCAGCCUUUGACUUCAAAAUCUGUCUUGUGUGUGAUGCCCUCUUCUGACCUUUACCUGUAAAGCUGGAACUUCAGACAUUCAGAAAUUAGUUUUAUUGCUCAUAUUUAAUGGUAACUUAUUUUAAGGUAAUAAUUUUGUAGUAAUUAUACAGUACUUGUAUUUAUAUAGAUUAAUUAAAACAUAGCCAAAGGAAUGUAUUUAUGGAGACCAGAGGCUUCAGAGUGAACUGUAAAAUUAAAACUG